UCUAAACUUAGCCGACGACUCGAGGAGGCUCGAGCGGAGUUCAGUGCGAAACCACCAUCCUCUCGAGCCACUUUCUCCGUCUCGAUUCUUGCGCGGUCCUUCCGUCUUUCCUCUCGCAGAUCCGAGGCAACAGCCCGCGAGGGAACGGUGCUUCGUUCGUCUCUCCGUCGCGGUCCAUUUCGUCCGGCGAAAAAAAAUAUAAAAAAAAACCUAAAAAGAAAGGAAGCAACGAACAAAAUAGAGAUCACGGAGGAGGGAGAGCUGCUGUCGGCGCAAAGAUACCGCGGAGGAUGGCGUACAGCUGGAACAAUCGAGUCGAUUUCAUUGUAAGGUUUCUCUACGAUACGGACAACAAUGGAAUGGUGGAGAGACACGAUUUCGAAUGCAUGGCGCUGAAGAUGACUUUGAUCGAAGGAAAGGGGGAGUUUAGCUACAGUCGAUACCAAGAGAAUCUGCACAUCAUGCUCUCAUUAUGGGAUGAAAUCGCGGAGCUCGCGGAUUUCAACAAGGACGGUAUUGUGACCAUCGAGGAGUUUAAGGACGCGGUACAGAGAAGCUGUGUCGGACGAGAGUAUCGAGACUUCCCUCAGGCGAUGAAGAUGUUCAUCGACAGUCAUUUUAAGCUAGUCGAUCUAAACGACGACGGUGUGAUCGCUGCCGACGAAUUUCGCUAUAAUUGCGUGACAAGGAUUCCCGUAGACAAUAUACACAUUCUAGACGAAGCCUACCAAAGCCUUCUCAACGACGACGACAGGAGACGCGGCGGACUGACUUUAUCGCGUUAUCAGGAAUUAUACGCGCAAUUCCUCGGUAAUCCGGACGAAAAUUGCCAAGCGGUUCACUUGUUCGGGCCCCUGCACGCAAUGGAUUGAUCGCAGCAUCGAGGGAACGUUCCUCGCGUGCAUGUACAAAAAGACAUAUCUAACUCUGUUUAAUUAUAAUUGUUAUUUAAUUUCUGUAAGAAGACGACGCAAUAAAUCGCAUAUUUUAUCGUAAACCAAGCAUCGAAU